ACUUACAGGACAGAACAGGAACAGAGGACAACAAAACCAAUUGUAUGUGCAGGGAAGACCUAGAAUCACACAUAGGGGCAGAGAAAUAUGUAACAACUUUAAUAGUGAGACAGGAUGCAACAGACCCUCAUGUAACUUGGUUCAUAUAUGUUCAACUUGUAAGAUGGGAAAACAUACUUCCACGCAGUGUAAAACAACCACUAAACAAAAGGAGGGCAACCAAAAUGAGAGGCAAUGACUACCUGAUUUUACCAUACAGUCGAUUCCGAAAAACAAGAAAUUUUAACUAUGAUCAACGUCACAGCAUUUAAGUCAGAAUUGCACCAUCAUCCAGACAAAAACUUUGUAGAUACUUUCAUUAAUGGAUUGGAGAAUGGAUUUGACACAGGAAUUUCUAAGCUGCCAUUGACUUCAUUUGAAUGCAAAAAUUUAAGUACAGCUAGGAAGAAACCUGAAGUAGUAGACACUUUACUCAAGUAUGAAAUUGACAAAGGUUAUGUAGAUGGACCAUAUGAUGAACCACCGUUUGAAGUCUAUCGUAUUAGCCCUAUCGGUGUUGCCGAAGGAAAAUACUCGCCGAAGGAAAAUACUCAAAGAAAUACAGAUUGAUAGUAGACCUCUCAUCGCCUCAUGACUCGGCAUCCGAAGUUAGCAUCAAUAGCCUCAUCGAUAAGGAAGAUUACUUGUUACAGUAUGUGCGUAUUGAUGAUGCCAUAAGUAUUUUGAAAUCAUUAGGUGUUAAUUCAUUGAUGUGCAAGACUGACAUUGUGGACGCAUUCAAGCUAUUACCUUUGUCAAAAACAGUGCAACCCUUUUAUGGCAUAAAAUGGAGAAACAAAUAUUACUUUAAUAAACGCUUAGUGUUUGGGUGCAGAAGUAGCCCCAAAAUAUUUGAUAUGCUUUCACAGGCCGUCUGCUGGAUUUUAACCAAUAACUACAAAAUCAAGCAGGUGUUACAUUUGUUAGAUGAUUUCUUGACAUUGGAUCCUACAGAGGAAGAAGGAUUCAGAAGUUUGGCAAUACUAACAAUGGUGUUUGGCAAGUUAGGGAUUCCCAUUUCGUCGAAGAAAACAAAAGGACAAUGUACAGAAAUGGAAUACUUGGGAAUUAUAUUGGACUCUGUUAAACUAGAAGCACGAAUCCCACCAGAAAAAAUAGAGCGCAUAUUUUCUCAUUGGCAAUUUAAAGUCCAAACGUUCCUGCACAAAAAGAGAACUACUCAGCAUAUUAGGGCAUUUCAAUUUCGCAGCACGAAUUAUUCCAGCAGGCAGAUCAUUUAUUUCCUAUCUGUUAACUCUGGCCCAUUCAGUUACUAAAUUACAUCAUCACGUGAAUUUAACUAAAGAAUGCAGAAUGGACUUGGCUAUGUGGGAAACAUUUCUAAAGCAGUGGAAUGGACAUACGUUCUUUCUGGAGGAAAAUGUGACUUGUGCCUCAGACAUAUCCUUGUAUACAGAUGCUUCUUCUACCAUUGGUUACGGGGGUUACUAUUACGGAGAAUGGUUCCAAGGAAAAUGGCCUCCAGAAAUUCAAGACCUCGGCGAUGACACAUUAUCUAUGGCAUUAUUAGAAUUGUAUCCCAUAGUUGUUGCCGCUGUGAUAUGGGGGCAUAAAUGGUCAGGGAAGAGAAUUAAAUUCUGGUGUGAUAAUCUGGCCACUGUUCAGAUAAUUAAAAAACGCAGAUCAAAAUCCCCUAUGAUUAUGAAGCUACUAAGAAAACUAACUUGGAUAUCAGCUAAUAAUAAUUUCCUUGUAUUAUGUGAUCAUGUUCCAGGAAAGAUAAACAUUAUUGCUGACUCUCUUUCUCGUUUCCAGAUGAAAAUUCAGGGAAGUAGCUCCAGCAGCAGCAGCAAUGCCAGUACCAGUACCAUCCUUGAAAGAAUUAAUCCUGUAUUAGAGAAAGAGUCUAGGGACUUAUGUGAAUCUUCAAUCAGCGACAAUACAAGGAGGGCAUACAGAACAGGAUUUACAGUAUAUUGCCAGUUCCUUUCAUCGAUUGGAAUAGAAGCGACUAAUUAUAAUCCACCUAAGAUCUCAGAACAAACCCUUAUUUACUUUGUUACACACUGCUGCAAUUCCCUAAAACUAACGUACAAUACCAUCAAAUUGUAUCUUGCAGCUGUGAGAUUCCAUUAUGUGAAGGCUGGUAUUUCUAAUCCUCUAUCAUCAGAUGAAUCAUGUGCAAGGUUGCAAACAGUGCUGAGGGGAAUUCAAAAACAACAAAGUUCUAAACAGAAGAGGAGGCCCAUUACAUACAGUGUUUUGAUACAAAUUCAAAAUGUCUUGCAGCGGGGUAUGUUCAGUUAUUUCCUAGACACCAUGCUGCAAGCUGCUUGUUCUCUAGCAUUUUUCGCAUUCCUUCGAUGCGGGGAAUUUACUAUGAACGAUAUAAAUCAAGACAACCUAUUGUGUGUGGAAGAUGUCGUCAUGGAUCAAAACUACAAAGCUUAUACUAUCACGCUUAAACGAUCUAAAACUGACCCUUUUCGUAAAGGAAUUCAGAUCCGUUUAUUCCAGUCAGACCAAACCGUGUGUCCAGUGAAAUCCAUGUUAAAAUAUUUAAACCUUCGAAGGAAGUGGUACAACUGUGUCAUGUCUUCAGCCUUAUUUAUGGAUGAAAGUGGAAAUCCAUUAUCAAGACACUUUUUGAUUACGAAACUACAGCAGAUACUCAAAUCGCUAGGUUUGGAUGAUGAGAAUUUCAAUGGCCACUCUUUCAGAAUAGGAGCCGCUACCUCUGCUGCCGGUAGCCAAGUAGAAGAUCAUUUGAUCAAAACCUUGGGUAGAUGGAGCUCAGACUGUUACACCAGGUACAUUCGUUCCAAUGAUCAAACUUUGUCACGUGCGCAAAAGGCAAUGUGUUGUCAAAAAACUGUGUAAAAAGACUAGCUGAAUGUUUAAGGCAGUUGUGUAUGUAAAUGAGCAUGCAAUUUAACAUUUUAUGUUCACAUCAUGUUGUGUAUUUGGUUGUUUUCACAAAACUUGGAGCGGAUUGUUAAACAAUGAACAUUUAUGUACAUAUGUAGUUUUAUAAGCGAAUGUAACUUUACAUUUUAUUUUAUCUCAUGUUCAUAAUACGGGUUAAGUUGGAAUUCAAGAAGAUGAUUUUGCUUUGUAUCUAUGUCAUGAUAUUUUUAAAGUUUUGGUAUCAGA